AUGUCCUUUUCCAAAGCAAAAUUGAAGCGUUUCAACGAUGUGGAUGUCGUUUGCGGCUCUCCAGCUGCCAACUCCAAUUCAAACAGCUCGGCGGGCUCCACGGGCAGCGCCACGCCCACAGCCGCUGCCGGGCCACCGCCGCCGGAGCGCAAGGAGCAAAUCGAAAAGUUCUUCAAGGAUGCAGUACGCUUCGCCUCCAGCUCAAAGGAAGCCAAGGAGUUUGCCAUACCGAAGGAGGACAAGAAGUCCAAGGGCUUGCGGCUCUUUCGAACGCCCUCGCUGCCGCAACGUUUGCGCUUUCGCCCAGCGGCCAGUCAUACAGCAGAAGCUGCAUCUGGUAGUGGCGCCUCAACGGCUGCCUCCACGCCGCUGCACUCGGCGACAACGACGCCCGUGAAGGAGGCUAAGUCGGCGAAUCGGUUGAAGGGCAAGGAGGCACUGCAGCAGGAGAUACGUAACAAGAACGAACUAAUUGAGAGCUAUCUGAGCCAGCUGGACGUGGUGCGUCGUCAUGUGGACCAGCUGAAGGAGACGGAGCUAAAGAUGCGCGAGGAGCACGAGCAGACGGCAGCCAAGACCGAACAGCUGCUACAGGCAUUGGGCAGCGAAAAUCUGGGCCACAAGCAGCGCAACGAGCAGCUGAGCCUGGAGCAGACACAGCUGCUGGAACGCUACGGCCAACUGGAGCAACAGCUGCAGCAGCAGCGGGAACAGCAUGAGCGGCAAGUGGAGCGUCUACUGGCCGAAAACGAGGCCUACAAGCUGGCCAAUGAGCAGCUGCAGCAGGCCUGCGAGGAGCAGCAGACCACGCAACAGCAGCUCCAGGCACAGCUGGACGUGCUCCAAGCGCAGCUCAACGAGGCACGUGGCACAUGCAGCUCGGCACAGCAGCAAAACACGGAGCACUUGGAGCGCAUCGAGAGCUUGCAGUCCCAGAACGCAGAGCUGCUGUCGAAUGUGCAGCAGCUGAAGCUGCAAAUCGAACAGGAUGCUUUGGCCUAUGGCCAGGAGACGAAGAUCAGCCAAACGGAGCUGGAGUGCUUGCGUGUGGAGCGCAACACGCUGAAGAAUGAUUUGGCCAACAAGUGCACGCUGAUACGUUCGCUGCAGGACGAGCUGCUAGACAAAUCCUGUGAAAUCGAUGCACACUGCGAUACCAUACGCCAGCUGUGCCAGGAGCAGGCCAAGCAAGCCGAGCAGCAGCAGGCACAGCAGCAGGUGGAGAACGAGCUGGAGAGCGCUGUGGAGCGUGAGAAGUGCUAUUGGCGUGCCGAGCUGGACAAGCGCCAGAAGCUGGCCGAGAACGAGCUCAUCAAGAUCGAGCUGGAGAAACAGGAUGUGAUGGUAUUGCUGGAGACCACCAACGAUAUGCUGCGUCAGCGCGACGAGAAGCUACAGAAAUGCGAGGAGCAGCUGCGCAACGGCAUCGACUACUACAUCCAGCUAAGCGAUACGCUCCAACAGCAGCUGGUCCAGCUCAAGCAGGACAUGGCCAAGACCAUUACGGAGAAGUACAACUAUCAGCUAACACUUAACAACACACGCUCCACGGUCAACAUACUGAUGGAGCGCCUCAAGAAAUCCGAUGCCGAUGUGGAGCAAUACAAGUCCGAGCUGGAAUCGGUGCAGCUGGCCAAGGGCGCCCUAGAGCAGAGCUAUCUAACGCUGCAGGCUGAUGCGGCACAGCUGCGCCAACAGCUCACCGAAUCCCAGGCAGCUCUGGAGGCGCUGCGCAGCUCCUCACAGACACUACAGCAGGAGAUUGCUAACUCGUUCCAGGAGCGCAUCGACGGGGAUGCCCAGCUGGCCCACUACUGUGACAUGUACAGCGAUCUGAAGCGCAAGGAUGAGACGCGUGAGCUGUAUAUGGCGGACAUGAAGAAGGCCUUGGAUGAGUUUGCCACAGUGCUGCAAUUCGCCCAGCUGGAGCUGGACAACAAGGAGCAGCUGUUGCUCAAGGUGCGCGAGGAGUGCGAACAGCUCAAGCUGGAGAAUAUUGCGCUCAAGUCCAAACAACAGCCGACUGUGGCCAUAUUGACGCCCAGCAAGGCGAACAAACCGAAUACCACAGAUCUGGAGAAGAUUGAAGAUUUGCUCAUCGAUUCGGAGCUGCGUGCCGAAUGCGAUAAGAUCACCUCCUGGCUGCUCAACUCCUCCGAGAAGAACGUCCGCCAGGAUAAUAACAAUGAGCUCAGCGAGCUGCUCGCCUGUAAAUCGCCCAAGACGCGCACACCACGCACCCCCCACAGUCCACGCACGCCGCGCACACCCAAAUCGGCGGCCAGCACGCCCAAGAAAUCGCUGAUCUUUGCCAGCGGCAAGGAGAACGUCCCCAGUCCGCCGCAAAAGCAGGUGCUCAAGGCGCGGAAUAUGUAAUUGCAAACGACCAGAAACGAAAUUCAAACAAAAUUAGGCUAAAGUUUGUUCCAAUAAAU